AAAUUUGACAGAUCUGUUAAGUACAGCUACAUAUAUACAUAAAUUAGCAGUAAUUCAGGACUGUCGUUUUACUUUUAAGUUGUUCUAUAUACAUUUUUCUCGUACCUAUAUGCAGCCACUGUACACUUGUUUAAUUAAUUUCGAUUAACGGCAACACUGUAUUAUAUGGCGAUUAUAAAAAUAAAUACACUUGUUAUAAGUCAUCCAAAACGCUAGCAAUUUUAACAGUUUAUUAAAGCCUCCAGGUUUAAAUUUUAUAUGGAUUAUAGGCAUUUGUACUAUUACCAACGCAGUAUUUCCCAACGUAUAAAACUUGUACACACAAACGUAUGCACACAAAUACAUACAGAAAUACUUACAUACCUACAUAUAUGCAUAAUACCAUAUUAUACAAAAUAAAUUGUUAAUCAGUACCAUCGCAGUAUCAGCAAAAAUGAAGUUUUAUAAAUUCGAUUAUAACCGCACAGAGUGGGAGAUACCAGAAAUUUAUCAAAAAGCGCAACCAGUUGGUUCUGGCGCAUAUGGGCAAGUGAUUAAAGCGCUUGUCGAAGGUACAAAUACGUAUGUAGCCAUUAAAAAACUGACCCGUCCCUUUCAGUCGGCAGUACAUGCCAAACGUACUUAUCGUGAAUUACGUUUAUUAAAGCAUAUGGACCACGACAAUGUUAUUGGCUUACUAGACGUAUUCCAUCCUCACGGUAAAGACGUAACGGUCGAAACAUUUGAACAAGUUUAUUUAGUAACACAAUUUAUGGAUGCCGAUUUAAAUAAUAUCAUAAGAACUCAGCGUCUCUCAGAUGGUCACGUCCAAUUAUUAGUGUAUCAAAUACUUCGUGGUCUCAAAUAUAUCCAUAGUGCCGGCGUUAUACAUCGUGAUCUGAAGCCGUCCAACAUAGCUGUAAAUGAAGAUUGUGAGCUACGUAUACUGGACUUUGGUCUAGCACGUCCAACAGAAAGUGAAAUGACUGGUUAUGUGGCGACAAGAUGGUAUCGAGCUCCAGAAAUUAUGUUAAAUUGGAUGCAUUACAACCAAACGGUUGAUAUUUGGUCAGUUGGCUGUAUAAUGGCAGAGCUACUUACGGGGCGUACUUUAUUUCCCGGCACUGAUCAUAUAAAUCAGCUAAAUCUUAUUAUGGAAAUUUUAGGCACUCCUCCUGAUGAUUUCAUGAAAAAAAUUUCAUCAGAAAGUGCACGAAAUUAUAUAAAAUCUUUACCGCCCAUGAAAAGAAGUAACUUUAAAGAUAUUUUUAAAGGUGCUAAUCCGCUUGCUAUUGACUUGCUGGAGCAAAUGCUAGAGUUAGAUUCAGAAAAACGUAUUACUGCAGAGCAAGCACUGGCACAUCCAUAUAUGGAAAAGUACUCGGAACCAAGUGAUGAACAAACUUCGCCAUUAUAUGAUCAAAGUUUUGAGGAUAUGGAGAUGUCAGUAGAAAAAUGGAAGGAAUUAGUAUUCAAAGAGGUUAUAAACUUCAAUCCACCUCCAUCAUUUACCAAAAUACUGGAGCAAAGUCAGAAGACAUAAAAAGAGGCUGUGCAGUAACCAACAUACACGUAUAUGUAAUUAAAAGCGGCAAACGAUAGAAAUAUAUAUUAAUCAUCACACAGUAUACUUUA